AUGAAUGCAGGCUCAUUCUCUUACGCAUUUGAUCCCAUCGCAUAUAGCUACCCAAACCUAAAUGGCAAUGGCAAUGGGAACGUCAACAAUAACGGAGAUAACGGAAUUGUAACUGGUCAUGGAAAGGAAAAUGCCAACUGGAAUGCAUCGACGACUGUGUCUGCGUCUGCAUCUACGAAUGGAGAUGAAACUGGAAGCACAGCCCCCAAGCCCGCAAGGCCGUCGCCACUGGCAUGCUUAGCGUGUCGACAGAAGCAUCUCAAAUGCGAUGGCAGACAACCGGUAUGUGGCCGAUGCACAACAGGCCAACUGACCUGCAAAUAUACGGCUUCACGACGAGGUUACAAGGGACCCUCGAAGAAGCGCCGCGCUGAUCCUCCACCGACGGAACAACAAAUCAUCGCUGAUCCGCAACUCUUUGCGCUUGAUGGUCGCAAACCGGAGAUUUCGCCUGAAUGGCACAUCCCAUCGAUUCUGGGCUCUACUUCCCCAACUGUGGUCCCUGGCGGCCCAGCCGCGAUUACGCCUCCAGACCUGACAGGUACAGCAGUACCAGCGGCAGCAGGGCCUACGACUACGCCCCUAUCAGGAACUUCGCAAGCCAUGAAAAUGCGGUCGCCGUUGACUCCCGAAUCAGGAUCAAUAGCAGUAGGAGGAGAUGGUUAUCUAGUUGAUGUAUACUACUCGAAUUUCCACAACUCCCAUCCGAUUCUGCCUCCGUUGCGCAUGUUCUAUGACUAUGCUCCGCCCCCAUACCUUGAGCAGGUGGUCAAGUUUAUCGGCGCCCACUUCACGCCAGCAGCUUCUCCCGACACGUAUCGACAACCAGUAGUUUUGAUGGUUACUGACCAAGCACCGUGUCCGGAGAAGGUGCAGGCAUUGCUGCUAUUGACUAUUGUCCUCCAUUCACGCAACGAGCGCCAAGAAGCAGGAUCGCUGUUGGCUCAAGCCAUAGAUCUGGCGUACGAGCUCGGCAUGCACCGCCGGUCAUUUACAGAGCUCAUAGCUUCAGAAGACCCCAUUCGCCAAGAGAGUCUGCGGCGAACCUGGUGGGAGCUGUACGUCAUUGAAGGCAUGUUGACGGCGCUAGGCGUGCGGCCGACUUUCACAGCCAGCACUGUCCCGCCCGAGGUCCCGCUUCCUUGCGAAGAGCGCAUCUAUCAGGAGGGAUUGUACCCUCCCGCUUCUCCGCCCACACUCGCAGACUUCGAUGAUCGAGUGUUUGCCGAUGAGGAUUUCGACUUCUCCUCCUAUACUUACCGCAUUGACGCCGUUCGAAUCCUGGGCCGUGUGGUCUUACUGUCGGAUCCUGCAGCGGGCCGUCAUGAUGUGAUAGAAUCGGUAGAUGCGCGACUUGCUUCAUGGAGCCAUCACAUCCCGGAGUCUAAGAUGGAGCUCAUACGCGCGGAUGGGACAAUUGACGAAAUGAUGUUUCAGGCGCGAAUGAUCAUCAACGGCGCAUCAAUCUAUCUGCACUUCCCCCGGUCAGACCUGCUUUCAUCACCGGCCGUGGCGGCGGAGGUCAUCUGCGGGCAUUCAGGGGUGUGUCUAAUGCCAGCAUUUUCGCAUCAUGAUCACGCCAUGAAGGCCCUCACAGCAGCAGGCGAGAUAUCAACGCUGGCGGCACUCCGGAUGCCGGUCACAAAACACACGCCGUUCUUCAUAUGCGCUCUGGUGCUGAGCUCAAUUGUGCAAUUGGCUGCAUACUCGGUCAAAGCAGGCCAGAUGCCGGACCCUCAGCGCGACCGGCUCACUCUCACGGUCGGCGUGUUCAAGUCCCUCGGCCGUACAUGGGCGAUUUCGUUCUCGGUCAUGCGACAGAUCAAGGCGGUUGCUCGCGAUGUGCUUGAUAUCGGGAUGCGGCCAAUGGUUGAGAGCAAUAGCCUCGAUUUCGCUGCUUUUCUGGAGGGCAGCCAAUACUGGCUACCUAAUUCACAAGUAGUAUAUACCGCAUGA